AAUCUUAGUGCCAGAUACAAAGAUCAGAUAAGCAAAAUCCGAACUCAGCUGGUGGAGCAGUUCAAAUGCCUGGAGCAGCAGUCGGAGUCGCGCCUGCAACUGCUGCAGGACCUGCAGGAGUUCUUCCGCAGGAAGGCCGAGAUCGAGCUGGAGUACUCCAGGAGCCUGGAGAAGCUGGCUGAACGGUUCUCCUCCAAGAUACGCAGCUCCCGAGAGCACCAGUUCAAGAAAGAUCAGCACCUCCUUUCCCCUGUGAACUGCUGGUAUCUGGUUCUGACACAGACCCGGCGAGAGAGCAGAGAUCACGCCACCCUCAAUGACAUCUUCAUGAACAAUGUCAUCGUUCGGCUGUCACAGAUCAGUGAGGAUGUCAUCAGGCUCUUUAAAAAGAGUAAAGAGAUUGGCUUACAGAUGCAUGAAGAACUCCUGAAAGUCACCAACGAGCUUUACACAGUGAUGAAGACCUACCACAUGUAUCAUGCAGAAAGCAUCAGCGCUGAGAGCAAGCUGAAGGAGGCAGAGAAGCAGGAGGAGAAGCAGUUCAACAAGUCCGGGGACAUCAGCGUGAACCUGCUGCGGCAUGAGGACAGGCCUCAGCGGCGGAGCUCCGUCAAGAAGAUUGAGAAGAUGAAGGAGAAGAGACAAGCCAAAUACUCUGAAAACAAGCUGAAGUGUACUAAAGCCAGGAAUGAGGCAGCCACCAACGCCGCUGUCAGUAAAUACUACAUCCACGACGUCUCUGACCUCAUUGAUUGCUGUGAUCUGGGAUUCCACGCCAGCCUCGCUCGGACCUUCAGGACAUACCUGUCUGCAGAGUACAACCUGGAAACCUCCCGCCACGAGGGCCUGGACAUCAUUGAGAAUGCUGUGGACAACCUGGAUGCACGGAGCGACAAGCACACCAUCAUGGACAUGUGCAACCAGGUCUUCUGCCCUCCGCUGAAGUUCGAGUUCCAGCCUCACAUGGGGGAUGAGGUGUGUCAGGUCAGUGCCCAGCAGCCUGUGCAGACUGAGUUGCUGAUGCGGUACCACCAGCUGCAGUCGCGACUAGCCACCCUCAAGAUAGAGAAUGAAGAGGUACGAAAAACUCUGGAUGCCACAAUGCAGACUUUGCAGGACAUGCUGACAGUGGAAGAUUUUGAUGUUUCAGAUGCCUUCCAGCAUAGUCGCUCCACUGAGUCAGUCAAAUCGGCUGCAUCAGAGACCUACAUGAGCAAAAUAAACAUUGCCAAGAGGAGAGCCAACCAGCAGGAAACCGAAAUGUUCUAUUUUACAAAAUUUAAGGAGUAUUUGAAUGGCAGUAACCUUAUCACGAAGCUCCAGGCUAAACACGACUUGCUGAAGCAGACUCUUGGAGAAGGUGAAAGAGCUGAAUGCGGAACAACCAGGCCCCCAUGUCUUCCCCCUAAGCCACAGAAAAUGAGGAGACCUAGGCCUCUCUCAGUCUAUAAUCAUAAACUCUUUAACGGCAAUAUGGAAACGUUCAUUAAGGAUUCAGGACAGGCUAUUCCACUUGUAGUAGAAAGCUGCAUUCGUUACAUCAAUUUGUACGGUCUUCAGCAGCAGGGCAUUUUCAGAGUCCCUGGCUCCCAGGUGGAAGUCAACGACAUCAAGAAUUCAUUUGAGAGAGGUGAAGAUCCCCUUGCUGAUGAUCAAAAUGAGCGGGACAUUAAUUCAGUGGCUGGAGUCUUGAAGCUGUAUUUCCGAGGACUGGAAAACCCCCUCUUUCCUAAGGAAAGGUUUCAAGAUUUGAUAUCUACUAUAAAAAUUGAGAACCCCAGCGAGAGAGUGCACCAGAUCCAGCAAAUCAUCAUCACUCUGCCUCGGGCUGUCAUCGUUGUCAUGAGAUACCUUUUUGCUUUCCUUAAUCACUUGUCACAGUACAGCGAUGAGAACAUGAUGGAUCCCUACAACCUGGCCAUCUGCUUUGGGCCCACUCUGAUGCACAUUCCAGAUGGGCAGGAUCCGGUGUCCUGCCAAGCCCAUGUCAAUGAGGUCAUCAAAACCAUCAUCAUCAACCACGAGGGCAUCUUCCCCAGCCACAGAGAACUGGAAGGACCUGUCUAUGAGAAGUGCAUGACUGGAGGGGAGGAGUACUGUGACAGCCCCCACAGCGAGCCAGGCACCAUCGAUGAGGUUGACCAUGACAACGGCACAGAGCCACACACCAGUGAUGAUGAAGUGGAGCAGAUCGAAGCCAUAGCAAAGUUUGACUACAUUGGACGAUCUCCACGAGAGCUCUCCUUUAAGAAAGGGGCCUCUCUCCUUCUGUACCAUCGGGCAUCAGAAGACUGGUGGGAAGGGAGACAUAAUGGUGUGGAUGGCCUCAUACCCCACCAGUACAUUGUGGUACAAGACAUGGAUGAUGCAUUCUCUGACAGCCUGAGCCAGAAGGCAGACAGUGAGGCAAGCAGUGGACCGCUGCUGGAUGAUAAAGCCUCCUCCAAGAAUGACAUCCAGUCUCCAACAGAUCAUAUUGUGGACUAUGGCUUUGGGGGAGUCAUGGGCAGGUAGGGAAACUCAUUUUCCUAUUAACACAGAGGUGGUCACUGUCGUGUGUGGGGACGGUCAGUGUGUGCUGCAGGGCAAGACAGAAGGGAAGGCUC